CUCUCUGCUCCCCCCCCCGAACCAUGAUUUGCCCGCGACCUGCUGAGGAACUGCUGCCAGUGUCUUGGAAUAGGAUUGGUGCCUGGCAAAGAUUUGCUCUGGAUUUGUUUUCUUCCCUUUGGCGCUGGUCAGCCAGGUCUCAGGAGUCGCCUGUAGGGUUUGCCGAUUCAGCCUGGAGUCCUUUUGCGCGCGCGCGCUGCCUCUCUUUCUUACUCUCUCGCUCUCUUGCUUUCUUGCUUUCUCGCUCACCCUCUCACCCUCUCACCCUCUCACCUUCUCUCACAUAUACAUCCUCUUUAUCUCUCCCUGCAGUCUCCCACUGGUCAUCUUGAACCCGCAUCCAUCCAGAUCAUCAGCACAGAUUCCCCGCGACUAGAGGUGGCUUGUGCAGAGAGCCCUCCUCCUACCACCCCCCACCACCACCAUCAUGGCCAUCCUCGACAAGGAAAAUCGCCCCCGCGGCUUGCGAGUCCCAUCCUUUACCAGGAAGGGCUUCAAGCAGAAGUCCUCCGAGUCUCUGCCGCAGAAAGAGGUCCUUCAGAACCAGGUUCCGGCUCAACCAGACGCCGUCCCUGCUCCCCCGACAUUCAACAUCCCCAGCCAGCCCCAGGAUGGCCACAUCCCAAACCCAAACCCCUCGAUGGCCAACAUCCAUCCGGCGUACCGGGCCUACAGGCCGCAGCCGCAGCCUCCCGCCGUGCCAGCCGCCGUGCCAGCCGCCGUGCAACCAACUCCCCCGUCCAGCGAGGAAGACCCCGAGCGAAUGCUUCAGCCUCGGGACGCAGAAGAGCCAUUGGAAGAUUUCAUCCCCACGCCGGAGCCGGAACUGGACGGCACUGCCACACCCAUGGAGCUGGUGUCCAGUGAAGAAAACAAUGGACCAUGGACGCCUCCCGAGAUCGAGCCUGUUGCCGCGCCGCUGAACAAGUUGCACUUCGCGUGCUACCAGGACCAUAAAUCUAUGCCCCCCGCCAACAAUGUCUGGCAUGCGCUACCCUGCAUGACCUGCCAGAAGUUCGACCGGGAAGUCCGGUACCGCUGUGUCUUCUGCUGUCUGCGGAUUUGCGCCGGUUGCUUCCAGACCUUGCAGAAGUCCCCAGAUCGCUCGUUGGCGCAGCUGAUGGAGUCCAUCUCCACGCCGGCAGCCUGAUAUCUAAUCAUCUUUCAUCUUUCCUCUUGAUCAUCUCAUUUCUAUGGCCCAUAUAUUCAUUUUCAUCUUAUUUCCACCUUCUAAUGUUUACCCGCCGAGUCCCCGCAUGGCAGGGAAGAGCGCUGUAUUUACUUGCUAUGCCUCUCUCGCUUCCAAAGGCUCAUGGCUUUGAUUUCGGCUACAGCCGUCGACGCCCAGUCCCCGGCUGAUGGAUUAUAGUGCUUUUGCUGAUACCACGGAAACCUCGGUUUCUCCCCGCUGCUUGCAUUGUGGCCUUACGUUGAGUUGCUUAUUUUUAUCUUCGCUGUGUUUGUUUGAUUCACCGCAGGCAUGGCCCCAGUCCUGGCGAUUGGGCUGCUGUAUGGAAGGCUGUAUACUGUCGAGAAGAUUCCCAGUUGAU